AUGUACUGUGAUCUCCAACAGACCUACGCAAACGGAACGUUGACCCUGGAAGGGGAGAAGGAAGAGGGACGAGGGAAAGUUCCCUUUGACCCCUUCCAGAGGUCAACCUCGGUCAUGGUUGGUGAGUACGGCUGAUUCUGAUAUCUACUGUACCUCCGCACAAGGAUGGUGUUGUAGAAUAGUGCACCCACGAUUAUAAAUAAAACUAUUAUGAAGAAAGUGUUGGGAAAAAAAGUGGACCCACACUGAAAGUUGUGUUUUUGAUCUAAAAUACAUUACCCGAUUAACUUCAUUCACUUCUUCACAGUCUUUUAGAGAUUGAUUAUUUCAGUUCUGAUGAUUGUCAUUGUUCCUCGUCUGUCAGGGACAGAACUAUAUUCAGCCACAGUGGUGAACAUUCUGGGUACUGAGCAGGUGUUCCAGCAUCAUUCCUUCUCGGCUGUCAGGACCGAACACAGACAGUCCUGGCUUAACAGUAAGCUCCAACUCCUCUGUUUUAAAUGUAGUACUCACUAUCAACUACAAAAUAUGUUGACUAUAAACUACUGUGACACCUGAAUAUGGACAUUCCACAGAGAUAUAGCAGUUUUAAAUUGAUCAUUUUCUUUAUUCAAUAUGCCUUAUAUAAUGGAUCCCAAGUGGCAUUAUGUCUGUGUUUUCAAUCUCAUUGAGAAAACUGAACUGUCUUUUUUCAGAGCCCUCCUUCGUACACUUGGACGUCGUGCCCCUAGAGUUAUAUUAA